UGCAGGAGCGCCGCACUUCCAAAAAGAGAGCUAGAGAAGAACGCGCGGCCAGAUUCCGGAGCAAGAAAAAUCACCGUCGAUCGACAAAACCCUUGAGGUACGCCGCCACCUAUUCGCGACCUCUUCGUUUCUCCGACCAGAUCCCAAUCAACAUCUGCCUCCUACGCAUUUCUAUCUGUGCAUCGCCGUCCAGGUUCGCUGCACGCCUAGUGUUCGCGCAAAUGCCCCAGUGGAGCAAGUGCUUUUGAUCGAUGGCGACGUUCCCCAUCAAUCUGCUGGACGGCGCUGACGGCUACCUCCGGUGGAAGGAGUCGGUGCUCCUGCUCCUCCACAGCGUCGACGUCGCCUACGUGCUCUUCGACGAGCCCCCGUCUCGGGCCGGCGGCGACGGCUCUCAGGCAGCCAAGUGGGCGCGCGACGACGGGCUGUGCCGCGGCCACAUCCUCGCGGUGCUCUCGGACCGCCUGCUCCCGGUCUACGUCCGGCACGCCACCGGCAGGGCGCUGUGGCAGGCCGUGGCGCGCACCUACGAACCGGACGCCACCUCUUGGGAGCUGAGCUUCGAGGAGCUCGAGUUCCGCGAGGACGAGACCCUCCGGGAGCGGGUGGCGCGCGCUGAGUCCCUGGCCGUCGCCACAUGCAGACUUCCGGAGCCGCGCGACGAACUGGUGGCUUACAUGGUGUGCUCGAAGCUUCCGGACGUGGCCGAGGACGCCAUCAUGCAGAUGAAGGGUGACGAGACCAGCAUGGAUGGGCUCUGGAGGUCUGCUCAGGCUAUGGAGAGGAUUCGCAACGAUACGCAGGCAAGGGUGGCUAGGCGGGAAAAGGAGAUCAGGAUCAGCGGCAAGUGGGGGCACAUUGUGAAGAAGAAGCGCUGGUGAUCAAGGCAUGGUGAUGGCACCAACUAUCUGUGAGCUUACCUUGGAUGUUCAAAGAAGGGGCCUGACUGCCUGAGGCCAAUCGGGGCUGUUAUCUGAAUCUUGGUAUAGUGUUUGAUUAAUGGGAAGCUUUAACACUUUAGAUGCCGAAUCAGCUGAAUCAAGCCUUUUCUAAGAUUUCUUUUGUUGUGGUAAAGAUAUCAUUUUGUUUUGUUGCAGCAAGGAUGCCCUCAAAUCCGAUCAAGUUGUAGAUAUCUUCUUCAGAUUUUGUUCAUCGCUGUCAUGAUGUUA